AUGUUAGGACAUCCAAUUGCCCGAAGACUCACAGAACAACAGCUAGAAAGUGUUGCAGCAAUGACUAUUACCAACAGUGAUAUUUACAAUGCACGCAAGAAGCUUCGGCAACAGAAUUUAGCAGGCUAUACACCAAUUCAGACUCUUGUAGAUAAGCUUCAGAAAGAAAAUUUUUUGUAUGAUUAUGAAUACGAUAACAAAGAAGCAGUUACUUAUCUAUUUUUUGCACAUAAUAAGUCUGUAGCCCUUACUCUCCAAUAUCCAUUCAAAAAAGAAAUUGAUUCAAGGAUUGAAUGGGAACACAUUAAUAUUCCAGUUUUUGCAUACAACAAUUUGUUGUAUGCAAAUUUUAGAAGCAAAGUUUCAACCUUUGCUCUCAAAAAAAUAAAUGACCAGUAUCAAAAAACUACUUCACAAGAACCAUUGCCACCAUCAAACCAGAGCCUACUGCUUAAUAAUGUCUAUACACAUUGGUGGAUUCAAGGGUGCAUUCCAGUAACACAAAUUGAAGAAGCAGUAGCCAGAAAUACAUUAAGCGAUAUGAUAGAUAGUCCAUUAGUACCUUUACAAAACCCCCACAUAGUUUGUACCAAGGAACGUCCUUCUGGUGCUCCAAAUCGACAACCAGCCAAUACAACAAGACAGGAUUCUUUCAGGUUUGAGUUUGUCAACCAUAAAGCAAGACAAUGUAGUAUUUGUAAACAAUCAGAUUAUAAUGCUCGUACUUGUCCAAAUUGA